CCCACACCCACUUUCCGCUACAGUUCACUCGUACCUUUUUCCGCUCUCCCCCUCUCCCUGCGCUGGAUCCACAAAAGCGGCGGCGGCCCCCUCGCCUGCCUCCGUCCGUCCGUCCAGCCGAGAUCCGCGCGCGGAGGCGGACCCCGGGUCGCCGCUCAGUCGUACUGCUCCUCAGAUUCGGUGUUUCCUUCUCUUCUUCGGUGACGUCGACGGCGCAGCUUCUGCCAUCGCCGGCCUUCCACUCGUCACCGAGCCCCCCCCCCCCCCCCCCGCCGCCGCUCCGGCUCCAGAUAACGGUUGCGACGUGGAUGAGUUGAACUCCAAACGACUCUGAGGGGUGGACAGAGCUCAAAAAUGGUUUUAUGAAGCUUCAACAUGAAACCUCUGAUGCCGAGGUGCUGGUCUCGGCAGCAUCAAGGAACCUGUCGUCCUCUUCAUCAGCAUUUGUUUCAGCAAACCAGUCCCCUUUCUUCACGCCACGGUCACUGUCUGCCCGUGUCCCAGAGCACACUGACCCUGAGAACAAUUGCUCCUCCAAUGGUAUUGUGCUGAAAAUCAGUGAUAUACUCUCUGGUGAUUCCUUCACACCACAGGAGGAGUUACCAUCAGCUAGCGUUGGGGUCUUGCCGUCAGAUGUGUCUCCUCCUAUUAGCCUGUGCACUUCAAGCAACUUUGGCACUCCAGCAAUUGUCUACAACAAUCCCAGCUUUGUUUCUACUUUCAAUGGCCCAUGCCAAGGCAGUUCAUCAGCAACCAGCAAUGGUGGUCGUUCGGCUCCAAAGGAAAAGCACAAGAGGCUAGGGGGAAUAUAUCGGAAAUCAUCAUCGUGCCAACCGACAACGUCGUCUGCCUCUGUCAGCAGGCUUCGCAGUUACGAUGUGUACGUUGGAUUUCACGGCCGCAAGGCUUCACUGCUGAGGUUCACAAACUGGCUCCGUGCAGAACUAGAGAUCCAUGGAAUCAGCUGCUUUGUUUCUGACAGGUCUAGAUGCCGAAAUUCUCGCAGCCAUGAUGCUGUCGAGAGGAUAAUGAAUGCUUCCACAUAUGGAGUUGUUAUCCUCACAAAGAAGUCAUUCGGCAACCCUUAUACCAUUGAGGAGCUCAGGAACUUCUUUGGCAAGAGAAAUCUUAUCCCUAUAUUUUUUGAUUUGGAUGCAGCUGAUUGCCUUGCCAGAGAUAUCGUCGAGAAGCGAGGAGAUUUGUGGGAGAAACAUGGUGGUGAGCUGUGGAUGUUAUAUGGUGGGAUGGAACACGAGUGGAUGGAAUCGGUUGAUGCUCUUUCCCGGGUGGUAGAUGUGCAACUAGAAGCGAAUGAUGGCAACUGGAGAGAUUGCAUACUCCAAGCAAUCAUUCUCUUGGCCACAAAAUUAGGCAGAAGGAGCGUGGUUGAUAGGGUGUACCGGGGAAAAGGGAGGUUGGAGAAGGAGGAAUUCCCUUUCGCUCGUAACAAUGAUUUUGUCGGUAGGAAAAAAGAGCUUUCCGAAUUGGAACUCAUUUUGUUUGGUGAUGUCAUGGGAGAUGGAGAAAGAGAAUAUUUUGAGCUCACGACAAAGCAGAGGAGAAAAGGCCUUGCAGUUAGGCGGUCUGCUAACAAUCAUGAGCACAUGAAUACUGAUGACAGCAAAGGUAAGGAGCCUGUUAUUUGGAAGGAGACUGAGAAAGAUAUUGAGAUGCAGAGGCUGGGUAGUCCAUUGUGGCAUGGGCGUCCACUGAGAGUGAAGAAUGGCGUAAGGUGUGGAAGGAAAAAAAGAUCUAGGAAGAUACUUUAUGGUAAGGGUAUUGCUUGCAUAUCAGGGGAGCCUGGAAUUGGCAAGACAGACUUGGUUUUGGAGUAUGCAUAUAGAUUCUUUCAGAGAUACAAGAUGGUUCUGUGGGUCAGAGGGGAAAGCCGAUAUAUUCGACAGAACUAUUUGGCUCUGCGGACUUUUCUGGAAGUUGACUUAAGUGUAGAUAGUCACUUGCAUGAAAAGGGAAGCGAUCGAUGCUUUGAAGAGCAAGAAGAGGAAGCCAUUGCCAAAAUUCGUCAAGAAUUGAUGCGUGACAUACCGUUCUUAGUCAUAAUUGAUAAUUUGGAGAGUGAGAAGGAUUGGUGGGAUAAGAGAGUCAUAAUGGACCUUCUGCCACACUUUGGUGGGGAGACUCACUUCAUCAUAACAACACGUCUUCCACGAGUGAUGAACUUGGAACCAAUGAAGCUUUCUUAUUUAUCUGGUGCUGAGGCAAUGACUUUAAUGAAGGGAGGUGUCAAGGACCAUCCACUGGUGGAAACUGAUGCACUCAAAAUCAUUGAGGAAAAGCUUGGAAGAUUACCUCUUGGCCUAAGUAUUGUUGGAGCUAUACUCUCGGAGCUUCCAAUCACUCCAACUAGGCUACUUGACACAUUGAAUCGUACACCGCUCAUCAGGAACUUUUCAUGGAAUGAUAGAGAAGUUCUCAGCUUGAAAAAUCAUGAAAUCCUUGUCCGCCUGCUGGAUGUGUGCUUAUCAAUAUUUGACCAUGCAGAUGGUCCUAGGAGUCUGGCAACUCGGAUGUUUCAAGUAUGUGGUUGGUUUGCACCCUCUGCAGUUCCAAUUCACAUGUUGGCUCGUGCUGCACACAAAGUCCCAAAGAAGCAAUGGAGGGGUCCAAGGUGGAGAAAGUGGUGGCGACCACUUACUUGUGGCCUUGCAACUUCUAGGAUGAAGAAAUCUGAAGCUGAAGCAGCUGCAAUGUUAAUGAGGUUUGGAAUUGCCAGAUGCAGUGCAAAGCCCGAACAUGUACAGUUCCAUGAUCUGAUCAGGCUAUAUGCUCGAAAGCUAGGAGGCACAAGAACAGCUCCGGCCAUGGUCCAGUCAGUGUACCUCCAAGGCUCAAUCAAACAUUCCUCUGAGCACCUGUGGGCUUCGUGCUUCAUGGUUUUUGGAUUUGGUUCUGAUCCUCUGUUGGUAGAACUGAGACCAUCUGAACUAAUGUUCUAUGUUAAACAGAUUGUCAUGCCACUUGCAAUACAAACAUUUAUAACAUACUCCCGCUGUAAUGCAGCACUAGAGCUGCUUCGCCUGUGCACUGAUGCAUUAGAGAGAGCAGCUGAGUCCAUGCUUGCUCAUGCUGGCAAAUGGAGAGAAACAUCAUUCUCCUGCUUUAGGCAAGCUCAUUCAGAAGCCCAGUACACUUAUCUUUGGCAGGAGCUGGCUCUUCUGAAAGCUUCUGUACUGGAAACAAGGGCCAAGCUGAUGCUCCGGGGUGGACAAUAUGACAUUGGAGAUGACUUAAUAAGGAAGGCCAUAUUUAUCCGUACUUCUAUCUGUGGCGAGCACCAUCCUGACACUGUUUCUGCUCGAGAAACUCUCAGUAAACUCACAAGGCUUCUUACAACUGUUCAGCUUAGUUGAUUCUUAUAGUUUAGGAGUUCACAAUAUAUUCUUUUCAGUGUGCCUUUUCAUGAACGCCGUACAAAAUGCACCAGAUCUUGAAAUAACAAAGUAAAUUUGUCUUAUAUAUCUUGACUGCCUUUUGUUGCUUGAUGGUUCUGUCUUUCUAUCAUUCUUGGUUCAUCAAUGUGCAACAUUGGAUUGAACUACUGUAUUCCAGUUUUCUGGGCUAUACUUUUGAUGGCACACAGAAAAUAAUACUGAGCUAAUGUGUAUGUAAGUUUGCAUACCUCAAUGAUAAGGUAUCAUAGAUUGUGUCCAGUUGAACUCAUACAUGGAAUGUUUUGAUUUAUUGUGUUGUUAGUUGAAGAGUUCGGCAUUGCUUUUAGUUCUGUAGUUGCAUCAAGUGCAGCUAAUGUUAACUUUAGAAGAACUUGGUGCCAUGGAUUUGCACUAGGCUAUUAUCAACUUCCACAUUCCUUUGCGAUGAACUUGCUGCAUGUUGGACUACUCUCAGCAUCUGUCAUGAUUGCAACCUUCAGCUCAGGGACAUAUGUUUUUGUUACUAAUUUGCUAAAUCUUGGUUGAUGGUUGGACUAUUCUCUCUCUCGCUCUCUCUCUCUGACUGAUCUUCAUGUUUGAGAGUAACCUGCUUAUGGAGACUUGAGACAGUUUUGUCAAUUGGCCAGUCUCUUUUGAAACGCAGAGGUGAUAUGAGAUCAUUUUUGUAUGUUCAAAUACUGUCAACGGGCCAUGAUUAUUGGAUACCUUUCUUUUUGUGCAAGUUAAAGGACACAUUUGUAUCUCCAUGCAUUACUGUAAUAUCUAUGGCAGAAUUAGCAUUAAAUAUGAACCAGGUAAUGUAAAUAUGAUAUUGAUCGAUUAUUAUUACAGUUCUAUUUUAUUUUAAUCAAUCAUAUAUUACAUUGUUUGUCAUAGGAUGCACUGGCACUAAUGUCUACUAGUCGCCCCUUGUGUACUCUUUGUACUCCAUAUAGUUCUGUAGUCAUUUCAGUUCUGCAACUUCCUCUACAUUAAUUGCAUUGACUUUGUCAUCAACCUUGUUCUGUGACUAAUUUGUUGAAUCAACCAUAUCUUAGCCCACAUUUGUAUAUUCCAACUCCUAACUGUCUCCAGUACGCCAGUGGGCAGUGGUUCCGCUUGAAUAUUGAUCGGUUUGAAUGUGGAAAUUAUGUAUAUUUGGUUUAAUUUUGUGUAGCUGGGAGUCGCGACUCUUGUUAUAUUUGACAUUUAUUUUUGUAAUUUUAACCAUACAGGGAAACUGAAAGCGUUAACAUUGGACUUGAAUUUGCUCUACAGAAUUUUAUAGAAAUUAUUGAAUUUUGGGUCCGGAUGCAGCAUCAGGUUUGUUGCAGCCUCGUAGUCUAAGUCAGAAUGUACCUUCCUUUUCCUUUUCCUUUUCCUUUUUACCAUGCAAGAUGAAUGAAACAAGUUUUUAAGACCUAAUUAUCUCCAUAUUAGCUUAUCUGGCAUAUCUGAGUUGCAUGUGUAUGGUUAAUUUAGUAACCUAUAUUAUAUCAAUAAAUAGAUUCAACAAAGUACCAAUUCUAAAUAUUGUGAAGUUGGAUUUAUUCUAGAAAUUUACUUGUAUUUUUUUAUUUUACUAAGAAAUGAAAUUGGUUUCGGAAUAAUUUUUCAUAGAAAUAUUUGUUUAGAAAUAGGAAUUUUAUUCUGGUAGAGAAAUUUUGAUAUCAAAACACUUCCCUUUGGACCGAGGUUGUCAAACUUUGCUGCCACAAAUCUUGGUGUAAGCAUUCCCAGAUCAAGGAUUUUUGUGUAUACAUUUGACAUUAAUGGAUUAUGCAGUAUCAGUACUACAAAUUUGCCAGAGUUCUUCUGAGUUGUACUAUUGGAAAGGCAAAACUCUGGCUGCUGCUUAUUUGUCAUCAAUCAUAUAAUGUGCAUUUUGAUGUAAUCUUGAUAAUUUUGUUGUUGACAAGCAUUUUGCUCCAGCGGUCAAAUGCGGGCUGCAGCUGUGUAAUAUGACUUGUAUAUUCACUAGCUAUAUUAUAUAGAUGUUAUAGCUGUGACUC